GUCUGACGUUGAGGAUGGGUGGGCAAAACGGCCAUGAUCAUGGUUAUCAUGCGCAGAAUUUGUGGACGGUGCUGCCCGCUUUGAAAGUUGGGGCUUUGAGUGGUGCCUCCGGUCUCAUAUUUGGCGGGAUAACGGGCGUUCUUCGUUCACCGAAUCCGGCGAUCCAUUCGAUCGCAGCCGGCCUCCAUUGGUUUGCGUUUGGAACCUCGACAUGGUGGCUGAGGAGUAAUAUCCUCAGAGUUCAAUUUGAUGACAAACCCACGGUGGGACAGCGGGCAUUUGCAAGCUCAGUUUCUAGCGGAUUAUCGGGGGGAGCAAUUGCGUUUUCUAUCCACCGACGUUUUAUUCCCGGAGCAGUGAUUUUCGGAAUAGCAGGCUUCCUUGGACAGAAGUCGUAUGAUGUCAUUCAUGGAUGGCAGUUAUCAAGGGAUCAAACAGCCCCUCGAAAACCCUUGUUCCAGCGUAUGUUGGAGUCGAAAUGGAUGCUCCUGAAGCCAUUGCCGGAUGAUGAGUAUGUAGGGAUGCUGAACGAGAAGCUGCUGGCUGUUGACGCUGAGAUUGCGGUUAUUGAUGACAAAAUCGCCGCUCUGAAGAGGUUGGAGGCGUCGUGA